GAGCCAUUCAUACAAAAUAAAGAUAGAGGAAUAGAAAAUGGCGCUCUCGUUCUCACUCUCUUCAGGCGUAACCGUUUCUAACCGUUUUCCCUCUACUUGUAUUUUGAAACCGAAUGGUAAGAGUCGUAAUGGGCCUAACAAGGUGUUAUGUUCGGCGCGUAAGGAUAAGACUCCGUUAGUUGGAAUUGGAUUAGGGAUUGUAGCGGCUUGGGUUAUGGGUUUAACGGCGUUGGAUGCGGAUGCAACUAGAAUUGAAUACUAUGCUACUGUAGCAGAGCCAAUGUGUGAGCUCAAUUACGUUAAGUCUGGGCUUGGUUACUGCGAUGUUGUCGAGGGUUUCGGUAAUGAAGCUCCUCUCGGAGAGCUUAUCGAUAUUCAUUAUACUGCGAGAUUCGCGGAUGGAAUCGUGUUUGAUAGCAGUUAUAAACGUGCUAGACCUCUUACAAUGCGGAUUGGGGUUGGCAAGGUAAUCAGGGGAUUGGAUCAGGGAAUUUUGGGAGGUGAAGGGGUACCUCCGAUGCGGAUAGGGGGAAAACGCAAGCUAAUGAUUCCUCCAUUGUUAGCAUAUGGUCCUGAACCUGCAGGGUGUUUCUCAGGUGAUUGCAAUAUACCCGGCAAUGCCACUCUUCUGUAUGAUAUUAAAUUUGUCGGUCUUUAUUCGGGCAAUAGAAAGUGAAGGAAGUCAAAAUUGAUAAGAUACAUGUACACAUAUGAACCACAGAUGAAUUGGGUGAAGACAGGGGCCAAAUGUUCCAGAACUAGGGAGCAAGCAAUCGUGCAGGUUAGGCAAAAUGAAAUGCAAAAUACUGAUAAUGUUUAUACUAUUGGAAAAUGAAUGAACCUUAUAACUUUUGAGUCUUUAACAGUUAUUUGCACCCUCCUUUUUAAGUGCCCUUCAUUUUUAUUUUAUUUUGGUGUGACCUGACCUUCAUUAAGAAGUGUAGAAUUGUGGUUGCGUGUUGUUUCCUCCUUCCUAUAAUGAUCAAAAUACUAUUUUUC